CCGAUCGAUUCUGGCUCGUCUUUCUCUUUGCCUGUACCAAGACUGCACUGGCACAUAAAAUUCUACAUAUCUGAGUUCAGCUGGCCCUAUAACUGGUAUAUCUUUCCAAACCAAAUAUAACCUUGUCGCCUUCACCUCAAAUUCCUCAGCAGGCAUGGAGGCUGUUGUACCACCAGAGAUCACCGCUGAGCUGACCCAGAUCCUUUCAAAUCUCGUCCUAGGCGAUAAUAAGAUUAGAGCAAGCGCAGAAAAGGCUGUCAAUGAUCGUCUUUCUCAAACACCAGAGCUUUACCUGCUCGCCCUCGCGCAAUUCGCGAUAGCAGCUGAUACAGAAGUAAUGAGGACUUUCUCGCUUGUGUUACUUCGUCGCUUGUUAUUUCGUACGGCACCACAACAAUCACCACAGACUCCUCGCUUGACGCUAUACGACCAUCUCUCUGUGCAAUCACUGACCACACUAGAGCGUCUUCUCUUGCAUUCGCUAUCUCAUGAGCCUCUGGACAAAGUGCGCCGCCAAGCGGUUGAUACCAUCUGUGAUCUCGCGAACAACUCCAUGUCUCGCGGUCGGCCAUGGCACGCUUUACAGGCGCAAACUUUCAGUAUGACACAGACUGGCGAGACGGGUUUUCGAGAAUGUGCUUAUCGUGUAUUCGCUGGGUGCCCAAACCUCGUCAUGGAUCUACAAACCGAUGCUGUUCUCAGUGUAUUCCAGAAAGGCCUGCAGGACUCUCAGAGUGUAGAGGUUCGACAUGCUGCUCUCCGUGCUUCUGUCUCCUACUUGACUGCUUCUGACGCACAUCAACUGUCACAAUCGCUCUCAUUGCUCUAUCCAAUGCUCGAUACCCUCCCUACACUCCCAAACGUGCAUCUCAAACUAUUCCUUGGCACGCUCACACCUUUGUGUAGCACUCAUCCUACUCUAUUCCAACCUCACUUGGGCGCUUUGUUGGCCUUCUUACCAGGCCUUAUCAUGCCGACUGCUGAUCCUGGUCCGACGCCAACAGUUGCCAAGCCCUUCCCCAACACACAAUCUACGUUUACUUUCCCUCCUGGAGAAGAUCAAAAGCCCGCCGAUACUGAAGCGACAGAAGCGAAAGAAGACGAAGACCGAGACCUAGUCAGGAAAGCUGCUCUCGAAUUAAUGAUCAGUCUGAGCGAAUCCAAACCGGCCAUGGUUAAGCGAGUCGAUGGAUGGACUGCUGCAAUCGUGAGAGCGUGCCUCGAAGGGAUGGGAGAACUUCCUGAAGAUAACUUGGAUGUUUGGCUGGAUACGGAUCCAUCCGAGGAUCCCUUGGACGAAAAUUACCCUCAAGUGUACGAGCACUCCAUUGAUCGGUUGGCAUGUGCUCUUGGGGGUAAAGCUGUACUACCUCCAGCUUUCCAACUCAUACCAUCUAUGUUAGCAAGCUAUGACUGGAGGUUGCGACAUGCUGGUCUGAUGGCAAUUGCCGCCAUCGCUGAAGGAACAAGCAAGUUAAUGCAAGCUGAACUAGGAAAGGUUAUCGACUUGAUAACGCCGUUGUUCAAAGAUGGACAUCCGCGCGUUCGAUAUGCAGCUUGUCAAUGCGUCGGGCAACUCUGUACUGACAUGGAAGAAAUCAUACAAGAACGAUACAGCUCACAGCUGUUCGCUGCCCUCAUACCUGCUUUAGAAUCUCCAGAACCUCGGGUCGCUACGCAUUCUGCUGCUGCACUCAUCAACUUCUGUGAAGGCGUGGCUCGUGAUACUUUGAUUCCGUACCUUGAUCCCAUUGUAGAGCGUCUUCUCAAAAUGCUUAAUCCAGAGGCAACCGAUGCAAAACGUUAUGUCCAGGAACAAGCUAUCACAACACUAGCUAUGGUCGCAGACGCUAGCGAAGCCACAUUUGCCAAGCACUAUGCCUCAAUCAUGCCGUUGCUCCUUAACGUCUUGAGAAAUGCGAACAGCCCCAAUUACCGCAAGAUAAGGGUCAAAGCCAUGGAAUGUGCCGGACUAAUAGCUAUCGCCGUUGGCCGUGAAGUUUUCCGUCCAGAUGCCAAUACACUUGUUGAGAUCCUUAUACAAAUACAAAAUAGUCCUAUCGAUCCCCAAGACACCCUGCUGGCUAACUAUCUAAUCGCGACAUGGGCAAAGGUGUGCCAGGCUCUAGGACCCGAUUUCGAGCCCUAUCUCCCAGUCGUCAUGCCACCUUUAAUCAAUGCCGCAGGCGCGAAAGCGGACGUUGCUAUAUAUGAUGAAGUAGAAGGUCGACCAGAGCAUAGGGACGGAUGGGAGACAUUGUCAAUGGACGGUCAGGUCGUCGGCAUCAGGACUUCGACCAUUGACGAGAAGUGUUCAGCGUUUGAGACCCUCAUCAUAUACUGCUCAACGCUCGGCCCUCGAUUCGCACCGUAUCUCUCUCAAUGUCUCGAGCUCACGCUGCCUUCUCUGCGGUUCUACUUCCACGAAGGUGUGCGAGAAGCAGCUUGCAUCCUCAUCCCAAUGCUCUUCUCCUGCGGCAAGCACAGCGGAACCCUCACCGCACAAAUGGUCUCCGCAACCCUCGCCCAGCUCACCAACUGCAUCACCAUCGAAACCGACGUCUCCUUCGUCGCCUCCUACUACCGCUCCUACGGCGAUGCCCUCCGCGUCUUGGGCGGAGGCGCAGCUAUCACGCCCGAGAUCCUGAAUCCCAUUGUCGAGGCGACAAAGGUACAGCUCCAAGUCCUCGCCGAGCGUCGAAAGACCCGCUCACAGCGCCCCGCGUCCGACCUAGAGGACGAGAAGCACGAGCUGGCGCUGAUCGAGGAGAUGGAGGAUUUCGCGCUGGAGGAUAUGGGUAAGAUGGUGAAGCAGCUUGAUCAGAAGCACCCUUUGCUCGUUGCGAUCUCGAGCGUCCGAGAGUUGGGCUGUAGCAAGUGGGAUAGUGACGAGGACGACAGGGACAGCGAUACUUGACGACUAUGCUAUCAUGAUGAAAGAAAUGACUUGGUUUUUGUUUGAUUUCUCUGUAACGAUGUAAAAGAUUUAGUGCUUUGAUUUCAGUACAUGUCACGGCGAGUUGUUUAUAGAUUCUAUGGUUUUAAUUCCAUAAACGCUGUAACACUUUCACUUUGCGCAUCCAGAACACUAAAGAAGCACAUCCCAUAACAACACUCUUCUUGCGUCUAUCAUGUCCUAGCUGAAGGACAGGCGGGUAAAUACUGUACAUCUUCCUUAUAUUACGUCCAAAGAUAUCAAAGCGGAAAAAAAGAAAAGAAGGAAGGAAGGAGAAGGAGAGAAGAAAGAUUGAGAGCAACAACCAGUUGACACAUCACCCCUCUGCGCCAAGUCGGUAUCGUAACAACGCCAACAAAUAGGGGAGUGAGAAACACCAACAUGUUCAUAAACUCAUGAAAGCGGCCAGGGGAGGGAUGAAAAAGCAACGAGUAGAAAGAAAACAAGGAGGAACAGUGUGUGAUGAGCAGCUUAAUGGGGGAGUGUACAUGAUGAAACAAUGCAUAUAGACAGAUAUGUGCAGAUACGAACGAGAAGAAUACGCAUAUAUAGACGACGACAUGAUCGAGGAUAAUCGAGCUUGGAAAACCGAUAUUGACACACUUUGAAAGUGUCCCGGUUAGAUUGCAGAGCCGAAUGAGAAAUUGGACAACAAAAGUCUUAUUUCCUGACUGCGAUCCAAGGCCAUAGGGUCAAGUUAGGUUUCCCAAUCCUGGUUCGAAAUAUUGACCAGAUAUAAAGCUGCGGGUUCCUUUGCGACGGCGGGUAUGUCGCCAUAGUGUUCGUGCUGCCAAGUACCAUCGCGAUUUCUGGUAGUCGAUAAAGUAGAGAGGGGAUGGAAAGGGUUCGAGAGGGAGUGUGAUUAUGGCCACAGCCCUCGCGGUGACUUCUGAGGGAGCUGUGGGGGCUGAAACCAGGAAUAGUUUGUAUGUAAAGUAAUGCUGUGAGAUGAUGAUUGGCUUGUGAGGCCUGAGAU